GAGCAGCCAUGGCACGCAGCCUUUCCGCAGCCCACGAUGGAAGCCGAGAUAAUGCCUCAAAGACGAGCUUUCAUGAUCCUCUCCAUGAAGAUCGCCAGCAUGCUCAUCGUAGACGUCCGACGGACGGACUACGAAGGCGGAGCUAUACGUGGUAGCAUUAACAUCCCAGCCCAAGGCUUCUGGUGGAAUCGUGGCAUACUCUGGGAGCUCUGCUAUAAGUCGGAUAUAGAGUGGGUUGUCUUCACCUGCGGCUCUUCUUCCGGACGGGGCCCUCGCUGUGCAGGCUGGUUCCUGGAGCAUGUUCGUAACGUUGCUAAUGACCAUAACAUGCAUGUCACGGUGCUCGAGGGCGGCGUCAAAGGUUGGGUCAAGGCUGGACCGCAGUACACGCAGCUCAUGGACGGCUUCCGGCAGGAUUACUGGGACGAU